GAGAACUCGCCGCGGCAGUCACGUGGCGUGCGACCCGGAGGUGGAACGGGUAGGCGCCGCGCAGCCCUCGGCUCCCAGAGCACAGACGACCCGCCGGGCCUGCGGCGACCGUGCGCCCCCGCGCCCCCGCGCCCACCCGACCAUGCGGGCACCGCGCUCCCGCCCCCCCCUGCUCACGCUGCUGGCCGCGCUGCUGGCCACGCCCAGGGCCCUGGCAGAGGCCCCGCACCUCGUGCUCGUGGACGCGGCCCGCGCUCUGCGGCCCCUGCGGCCCUUCUGGAGGAGCACCGGCUUCUGCCCCCCACUUCCUCACAGCCAGGCUGACCAGUAUGACCUCAGCUGGGACCAGCAGCUUAACUUGGCCUAUGUGGGUGCUGUCCCUCAUGGUGGCAUUGAGCAGGUCCGGACCCACUGGCUGCUGGAGCUCAUCACAGCCAGGGGAUCAGCUGGGCGAGGUCUGAGCUACAACUUCACCCAUCUGGAUCGGUACCUGGAUCUUCUCAGGGAGAACCAGCUCCUCCCAGGCUUUGAGCUGAUGGGCAGCCCCUCCAAACGCUUCACCAACUUCGAGGACAAGAAGCAGGUGUUUGAGUGGAAGGAGCUGGUCUCUCUCGUGGCCAGGAGAUACAUUGGUCGGUAUGGACUCUCACAUGUUUCCAAGUGGAAUUUCGAGACAUGGAAUGAGCCAGACCACCACGACUUUGACAACGUGUCCAUGACCAUGCAAGGCUUCCUGAACUACUACGACGCCUGCUCCGAGGGUCUGCGGGCUGCCAGCCCUGCUCUGCGCCUCGGCGGCCCCGGGGACUCCUUCCACCCCUGGCCUCGAUCCCCGCUCUGCUGGGGCCUCCUGGGGCACUGUCACAACGGCACCAACUUCUUCACGGGGGAGUCGGGUGUGCGGCUGGACUACAUCUCCCUCCACAAAAAGGGUGCCGGCAGCUCCAUCUACAUCCUGGAGCAGGAGAAGGCCACGGUGCAACAGAUAAAACAGCUCUUCCCCAAGUUUGCUGACACCCCCAUUUACAACGAUGAGGCGGACCCGCUGGUGGGCUGGUCCCUGCCGCAGCCUUGGAGGGCUGACGUGACCUAUGCGGCCAUGGUGGUAAAGGUCAUCGCGCAGCACCAGAACCUGCUGCUGGCCAACACCAGCUCGGCCAUGCGCUAUGCGCUCCUGAGCAACGACAACGCCUUCUUGAGUUACCACCCGCACUACUUCACGCAGCGCACGCUCACUGCGCGUUUCCAGGUCAACAACACGCGGCCGCCACACGUGCAGCUCCUGCGCAAGCCGGUGCUCACUGCCAUGGCGCUGCUGGCCCUGCUGGACCGCGAGCAGCUCUGGGCUGAGGUGUCGCAAGCCGGGACCGUGCUGGACAGCAACCACACAGUGGGUGUGCUAGCCAGCGCCCACAGACCCAGUGGCCCCCUUGAUGCCUGGCGCGCCACGGUGCUGAUCUAUGCAAGUGACGACACGCGCACCCACGCCAACCGCAGCGUCGCCCUGACCCUGCGCCUGAGCGGGGUGCCCUCAGGCCCGGGGCUUGUCUACGUCACGCUGUACUUGGACAACGAGCUCUGCAGUCCACAUGGCGAGUGGCAGCGUCUCGGCCAGCCAGUCUUCCCCUCCACAGAGGAGUUCCGGCGCAUGCGCGCAGCUGAGGACCCGGUGGCUGUGGCGCCACAGCUCUUCCCUGCCAGCGGCCGCCUGACCCUUCGCCCGGAGCUCCAGCUACCCUCGCUCCUGCUGGUGCACGUGUGCGCGCGCCCUGAGAAGCCACCAGGCCAGGCAAGUAGCCCCUUCCUGCCCCGCCUCGCAGGCCCCUCCAACCCCCCAGUCAUGGAGCCUCUCUCCCUGCAGGUGACCUGGCUCCGUGCCCUGCCUUUGACCAGUGGGCAGGUGCUUUUGGUCUGGUCGGAUGAGCACGUGGGCUCCAAGUGCCUGUGGACCUAUGAGAUCCAGUUCUCCACGGAUGGUGAGAUGUACGCCCCUGUCAGCAGCAAGCCGUCGACCUUCAACCUCUUUGUGUUCAGCCCAGACACCGCCGUCACCUCUGGCUUCUACCGGGUUCGAGCCGUGGACUACUGGGCCCGACCAGGCCCUUUCUCAAACCCUGUGCACUACGUGGAAGUCCCUGCCCUAUGAAGCCCUCCCCACCCGGUGACUGUGAACCUGUGCUGACUCCGCAGCCUGGGGGGCCGGGAGCUGAGAUGGGUUGGACCACCAGUGGCCCAUCCAUCGGCUCUGUCUGUCCUCUCCUGUCCUCUUGCUCAUCCCCUUACAGUGCCUUUCCACUGGUCAGUCUUGGGGUUACCCUUUGUGGCCAGGCCCAGGGUACACUUGGAACCUGGCUAGAGCAAGGCCUUCCCCAAGUCCCUCCUCUUCAGAGUGUUCUCCCACUGAGGGAGCUAGGACAGGGCGCUGGCCAGGCACGUGGAGACUGAGGUCUGGCUGCCAUUAGGAUAGCUCUCCUGUUUCCCUGGGGCCUUUGGCCUCAUUGCUGGGUGCAGUGGGCUCCAUUGCUGUCCCAUGUCCAUUCUGCUGAGCGAGAGGGGGCCUGCCGGAGUCAGCUUGGAGCCCAGAUGAGGACCCACUCCUUGAGGCCCAGGCAGGCUGACCCCUGCACUUCACAUGGUGGGAGGUGGGGUGGGGCUUCCAGGUUGUCAGACCCCAACCACGGCCAGCAGGAAAAAAGGCCCACAAUGUCAGCUGCAAGCUGUGCCUGCUCCUGGGGCCAUCCUGGUUCCAUAUCUGAGCCCAGAAGGAGACAGAUGGGAUGUUGAGAUGAAGAACACUGGGGGCUCUUCACAGAUAAGUGACAGUGGGCAGGGAUGCUGCACGGGGAAGUGUGGGACCCAGGAUCCCUCCGCCUCCUACCUCCUACCCCAGGGCCACAGAGCAGGUGAGGGAGCACUCACUGGUCCACACAGAGAGGUAUGGAGAGGCCACCUGGUGAGGAGCAGAGACCUUCAGCCCAGGGGUGCAGCAAGUCUGGGGUGCCCUGUGAGCAAGAGUUGAGGUGUGAGGCCCUGAUCCCACUCUCCUCCUCUACUGCCCUCUGGGGCUACCUGGGCUUUGGUCAGGGGGAGGUGGUGUGGGUCUGAAAGGGCGGAUCGAAGACCAGGCCUGCUCACCCUCCCUGGCUUCCCCCAACCUGCCAGCUGCCCAUCCACAUGAAAAACUCAAGAACUCACCAAGGUCUCACCAAGUGCCUUAUUGCGGGUAGGAGAAGUCACCUUGAUCACUCUUCAUCUGAACCCCAUAGUCAGCCCCUGUUCCUUUUCCUCUUUGCCGGUGUGGGUACCAUGGAGCUCAGUGCCGGGGGGGCCCAGCCCUUAUGUUCCCUGCUAACUGCCAUUAGUUUACAGGGAGCAGAGGGGGUGCUGGGUGGGUCCCUGGCUUCCUGGUGUGUUCCUCUUGCCCUGUCACGCAGCCCUGUCUCAGCCAGCUCAGGCCGUCAUGACAAAGUAGAGCAAACCACCGACCCCAAAGCUCUAGCUACAGAAGUGUGUUCUCUCCGAGGCCCAGAGGCCAGAAGUCUGCGAUCAAGGUGUGGGCUCAGCUGGAUCCUUCCAAGGCCUCUCUCCCGGGCUUGGGCUCACCCACGGUGGUCUUCUCCCCACCUUCUGUGUCCUGUUGCCCUCUCCUGGGGAUGCCAGUCCUGUGGGAGUACUGCCUACUCUCAGGACCUCAUUUUCCUCACCUUAAAGGCUCCUUCUCCAAAUACAAUCCUGUGCGGAGGCACUAGAAAUUAGAACUUCAACACAAGAAUUUGCGGGGGUGGGGGGGUUACAGUUCAGCUCCUAAUAAGUACAGACUCCAUUUCUCCAUGGUGGUGGGGAUCCAUCAUUCCAGCAGUAAAGCAGCCUCUUCUCUA